GGUGAUUGCUGAUCGUUUGUUGUGGCUGUUAAAUUUUAAACUGCCAUGCACUCGGCUUCCAGUAUGCUGGGAGCGGUGAAGAUGGAAGGGCACGAGCCGUCUGACUGGAGCAGCUACUAUGCCGAGCCCGAGGGCUACUCCUCGGUGAGCAACAUGAACGCCGGCCUGGGGAUGAACGGCAUGAACACGUACAUGAGCAUGUCCGCGGCCGCCAUGGGCAGCGGCUCGGGCAACAUGAGUGCCGGCUCCAUGAACAUGUCGUCGUACGUGGGCGCGGGCAUGAGCCCGUCCCUGGCCGGUAUGUCCCCCGGGGCGGGCGCCAUGGCUAGCAUGGGCGGCUCGGCCGGGGCGGCCGGCGUGGCGGGCAUGGGGCCGCACCUGAGUCCCAGUCUGAGCCCGCUCGGGGGGCAGGCGGCCGGAGCCAUGGGCGGCCUGACCCCUUACGCCAACAUGAACUCCAUGAGCCCCAUGUACGGGCAGGCGGGCCUGAGCCGCGCGCGCGACCCCAAGACGUACCGGCGCAGCUACACGCACGCCAAGCCGCCCUACUCCUACAUCUCGCUCAUCACCAUGGCCAUCCAGCAGAGCCCCAACAAGAUGCUGACGCUGAGCGAGAUCUACCAGUGGAUCAUGGACCUUUUCCCCUUCUACCGGCAGAACCAGCAGCGCUGGCAGAACUCUAUCCGCCACUCGCUGUCCUUCAACGACUGCUUCCUCAAGGUGCCCCGCUCGCCCGACAAGCCCGGCAAGGGCUCCUUCUGGACCCUCCACCCCGACUCGGGCAACAUGUUCGAAAACGGCUGCUACCUGCGCCGCCAGAAGCGCUUCAAGUGCGAGAAGCAGCUGGCCCUGAAGGAAGCCGCAGGCGCCACAGGAGGCGGCAAGAAGGCGGCCUCCGGGGCCCAGACCUCGCAGGGUCAGCUCGGGGAGGCCGCCGGGCCGGCCUCCGAGACUCCGGCGGGCACCGAGUCGCCCCACUCGAGCGCCUCCCCGUGCCAGGAGCACAAGCGAGGGGCCUUGGGGGAGCUGAAGGGGACGCCGGCUGCGGCCCUGAGCCCCCCGGAACCGGCGCCCUCGCCCGGGCAGCAGCAGCAGGCGGCGGCCCACCUGCUGGGCCCUCCCCAUCACCCAGGCCUGCCGCCCGAAGCCCAUCUAAAGCCGGAGCACCACUACGCCUUCAACCACCCCUUCUCCAUCAACAACCUCAUGUCCUCGGAGCAGCAGCACCACCACAGCCACCAUCACCACCAGCCCCACAAAAUGGACCUCAAAGCCUACGAACAGGUGAUGCACUACCCUGGCUACGGUUCCCCUAUGCCGGGUAGCCUGGCCAUGGGUCCGGUCACGAACAAAGCGGGCCUGGAUGCCUCGCCCCUGGCCGCAGACACCUCCUACUACCAGGGGGUGUACUCCAGGCCCAUAAUGAACUCUUCUUAAGAAGAAGGCUGCAGCCGGCUAGCCGGGGACAAGGACAAGAGAGAGAGAAAGUGGGGAGAAUUUGAGGAAGCGGUGUUGGAGAGAGCCAAGGGAGAAGAAAUCCAUUACUCCCCAUCCCAAGGACAGCAGUCUCCCCUCACCUUCCCUCCCAAACAGCUCUUCCCUCCCAAACA